GGAAACAUAGAUAAUUUCUGUUUCUAUAUCGGGAUCUCUACUUGUGACCAGAACGCGAGGCUUCCAAGUAUGCGGUUCUUGUUAAUUGCCUUCUGUGUUAACGUAGUCAGUUAUAUUGGGUCCAUUGAUGCAACAGUUGGAAAUGACCCAGAGUCGAGAGAAGUUAUAAAAGAGCACGUGGUACGGAAUGGCGUGAAUCUAACAGCCUUGACCCAUUUUUCCUCACUUCUCCAUCACAUUUCCCUUUCAAAUCUGCAACAUUUAAACCUUACGGCUUUGGCACAUCUGAAGUUACCUCACUCUGUCACUUUACACGGAAAUGCCACAAACCAUUGGUGUUGCAAUGUUCCAACGACAAAGAAAAUACUUCAAAGUCACUCGCAACUAAUAUUCACCAAGCAAGUCAAGGACAGAGUGUCGCACCAUAAUUGUGGAUUUUUGGGGCUGAGUCGCUGUGCUAGCCACCACUAUUACUAUGUAUCUGUCCCGGCUUAUAAAACGACAUACACGAGUCGAACCGUCCACACAACGUGUCCAAGUCAAAACCUCGUCUGCUGUAAAGAUUACAUCCUCUUGGCAGACAAUUGCAUUCCGCUGAGUGAAAUCCCAAACAUCAAGGACGAUCUAAUCAAGCUGCAAAAUGCCAACAUACCUCUUGGAAAAUAAGAUCAAAAUAAAGAUGAAAUAUA